AUGGGUGGAAUAGUUUCUCGAUGGAGGGCUAAACCUUCAACAGUGGAAGUUCUGGAAAAUAUAGAUAAGGAAAUCCAAGAAUUAGAAGAAUUUAGAGAGAAAAAUCAAAGAUUACAGAAACUAUGGGUUGGAAGGUUACUUCUCUACUCCUCAGUUCUUUACCUGUUUACUUGCUUAGUGGUAUACUUGUGGUAUCUUCCAGAUGAAUUUACAGCAAGACUCACUAUGACACUCCCAUUUUUUGCUUUUCCAUUGAUAAUAUGGACCAUAAGAACAGUACUCAUUUUCUUCUUUUCCAAGAGAACAGAAAGAAAUAAUGAAGCAUUGGAUGAUUUAAAAUUACAGAAGAAAAAAAUACUUGAAGAAGUAAUGGAAAAAGAAACUUACAAGACUGCUAAAUUAAUUCUUGAAAGGUUUGAUCCAGACUCAAGGAAGGCAAAGGAGCUUGAGCCGAUAUCUUUAGGAGCAGCUGCACCUGCAAGACCUGGACAAGAAAUCCGUCAGCGGACUACAGCUCAAAGAAACCUUUCUCCAUCAACACCAGCAAGUCCGAAUCAAGGAUCACCUUUACAAGUUCCAGGAUCUCCUGGUCCACAAAAGGAUACUUCAGCUCCUGGUGGACCACCAGAAAGAGCUGUUGCUCCAGCCUUACAGUCAAAUGUGUUACCAAGGCGUCUUGGAUCCCCUGCUACUUCAAUGCCUGGAAUGGGUCUUCAUCCUCCUGGUCCACCAUUAGUAAGACCCAUUCUUCCUCGAGAAAGAGGUGCUCUGGAUAGAAUUGUUGAGUACCUAGUUGGUGAUGGUCCACAGAACAGGUAUGCUCUUAUAUGUCAACAGUGUUUUUCUCAUAAUGGCAUGGCUUUGAAGGAAGAGUUUGAAUACAUUGCAUUUCGGUGCGCAUAUUGUUUCUUUCUGAACCCUGCAAGAAAAACUAGACCACAGGCUCCAAGACUUCCAGAGUUCAGUUUUGAGAAGAGACCGUUUUUGGAAAGUCAGAGUUCUAUGGGUCCUCUGCAACUAGGAAGUAUGAUUUCACAAGCGAAUCAGUUGACUGAAGAGUCUUUAGAAGAACAAAAUGCUCCUAUUAAUUGCACAGAUCAGACAGAAGAAAAAGCAUCAAAUCUUGAGCAGACAAAUCAAAUAAAUGAAAAGGUAUCUGAUCCAAUGGAACCAGAAGACUACAAAGCAGGGGAGGCUAAGAAUAAAGAAACCACAGUUAAUGAAGCCAAAUCUACAGUUUCUAAUGCUGAUUCUGCUUCUGUUGAUGAACCAAAUGGAGAAUCUUUGAUGGAAACUGAGUAAAUGCUUCCAUGUGCCUUCAACUAGAUUUUUGUAACUUUGUUGAUGUCUGCUAUUGCUUUCCAGGUGGUUUUUUUUUUUUUUUUAAUUUUUUUUGAUUGGUUGGUUUUAGUUUUUUAAAGUCCAUUUGGUAUCUGAGCUCUGUGUGCCUAGCUAUUUCAGUCUGUCAAAUCUGUAUCUACUAGGUAUUUAAAGUUUAAAGGGUACGCUCUCAGUGCAAUAAAACCCUAUAGAAUGUACAAAGAUUAGCAUUAUGACAGCUUCUUCUAAACAUAUUUUGGCCACUUUAAGCAAAUGUGAUAGCAAGUUUGUUUUCCCAUACAUGUGUCCUGUAAAUAAUAUCCAUUUUGUCAGAGGAAGAACUUUGAUUAGGAAGAACUAUUAUAGCAUUUGGUUUAAAGAAUGAAAAUUGUUUAGGAUUUUUACUGCUUUAAUGUUAAAAAUGGAUAGAAUUUUUUAACUGUAGAUAUUUGCCAGAUAAAGUGUAUAUUUAGGCAUUCAUCUUUAAGUUGUGUAACCUUAUUCUAUAACUGUAGCUAUAGAUAUCGUUACAUAAAUAUUUUUUAAUAAGAAUACAGUUGAACAGUCAAGUGCAGUAUUUCUUUUGAUGUCACUUACUUUGCAGAUGGGCCAAAGGCACACAUGUAUAUAUCUAGCUAGUGUUUACAUGAAGACAAAAUAGGAAAUUUCUCUACAUUUGAUUGUACUUGAAUGCUGACCAUUAUUUAUACUUGUAUAAUAAUGAUGUAAGUGAAUUUUGUGCCUUUGUGUGUGUAUUUUGUUAAGAAAAAUAAAGACUUAUCUAGCAGCAUUUUUUAAUUUAAAUUUUUCUUAAACAUCUAGAAUUUUUGAACCAACCUUCUGGCAUGUGAUUUUAUCAAACUUUGAAAUUUCAUAAUGUGAAGAACUCAGACUUGAUACGUCUUAAAAGCCAUUUAUUCUUUUCUUAGAGAGUGUUUGUGUUUAGAUUAGUUGCUUUUAAAUUUUGGAAAAAAAUAAAAUGAAGCAUAUACUUAUUUUAUCAUCUUCUAAAUUCCUUUUAAUCUAGCAUAGUUCACCUAGCACAGUUAAUUAGUUUUAUAGUAACACAUUUUAAGCAAAAUAUCAUAAGAGCCAGUUAUAGGAAUUUAGAACUGAGCAGAAUUGUAAGCAGGCUACCCAGGUAGAAAGCAGGAACUACUUAGGUAAAA